UCAGGGUCUGGCAUUUGCUGCUCGCGCCAGGCUGAAAAACACGGCACAUGGCACAAGGCCGGGAGCGAGAGGACACCAUCUACGCCACCGGCCAGUCCCUGGCCGUGAGAUGGGUGCAAGGAUUCCCUAAGCAGAAUGUUCAUUUUGUCAACGAUAACACCUUUUGCUACCCUUGUGGGAAUUACAUAAUAUUUAUUAAUAUUGAAACCAAGAAAAAGACUGUACUGCAGUGCAUUAGUGGAAUUGUGGGCGUCGUGGCAACCAACGUUCCCUGUGAAGUUGUGGCUUUUUCUGACCGGAAAUUAAAACCCGUGAUCCACAUAUACAACUUUCCUGCAUUGACCAGAAAGACCAAAUUAAAAGGUGAUGUUCUUCUGGAUUACACUUUACUUGCGUUCAGUUACUGUGGCACCUACCUGGCUAGUUACUCCUCUCUCCCAGAAUUUGAACUGGCCCUUUGGAACUGGGAAUCAAAUGUCAUUUUGUGCAAGAAAUUGCAGCCUGAUAUGGAUGUGAGCCAGAUGUCUUUUAACCCCAUGAACUGGUGCCAGCUGUGCUUAUCAAGUCCAACUACAGUGAAUGUGUGGACCAUUGAAAGAAAUAACCAGGAGCAUUACUUCAAACCAAAGACGGUAAAAUUACCUCUAGAAGAUGGGUCAUUUUUGAGUGAAACAGACGAAACUUUCCCCCAGUCAUUGCCCAAAGAUCCCAUCUAUGGACCUGUGCUGCCAGUGUCAGCCAUUGCUGGACUAGUCGGUGAAGAGGCAGAAAACUUCAGGCCAAAAGAUGACACGUAUCCUUUCCUUCACCCCACUAUGCAUUGCUGGACUCCAACGAGUGAUCUGUACGUUGGCUGUGAAGAGGGUCUUCUUUUAAUGAUUGAUGGAGAGACCUUGAAGGUGACUGUGCUCAAUAAAGCCGAAGAGACGCCACCCCUGGACGAAAGAAAUCUUAUCACUCCGAUCACCUUGGUGUAUCAAAAGGAGGGCGUGUUUGCUUCUGGAAUUGAUGGCUUUAUAUAUUCUUUUAUCAUUAAAGAGUCAAGUUACAAAAUACAGGAUUUUCUUGAGAUUGAAGGGUCGGUUCAGUAUUUGGUGUUUUCUCCCAAUUACAAAAUGUUGCUGAUUCAAACAGACAAGGGAUCUGUUUACAUCUAUACUUUUGGUGAGGAGCCUACAUUAGAUCAAAUCCUAGAUGCCUGUGAUGGGAAGUUUCAGGCAAUGGACCUUGUCUCUCCUGGAACUGAACACUUUGUGACACUUACACAAUUAGGGGAAGUUUGUAUUUGGUGGAUAGAGGAUAGCACUUGUGUAAGCAAGAUUAAUCUGAAUACCCCAACCACAGUCCUGGCUUGCUCUCCCUCCUCCCUCUCCGCUGCCGUGGGCACUGUGGGAGGCUCUGUCCACUUCAUCAGCGUACAGGACGCGGAAUUCCCCCACGUAUUCCACAAGGCCUUUCUCUCCGAAUCUUCCGUGCAGCACCUGGUUUAUGACCAGAGAGGAAUGUUUCUAUUUGUUGGAACAUUAGAAGGAAAGGUCUUUGUUAUGAAUGCCAGACCCUCAAGCUCAUUUGAGAUUAUUGGAUUCACAGAGGUGGGCAAAGACAUUUUGCAAAUAUCCACAGUGUCUCUUUUGGGCUCAGAAAUCGUGGAAGUGCUGGUGCUUUCCCCAGUUCCAGAAACAGGAAGAAGUAGGCUGGAAAUAUUCAGUCUGCCUCAGGCACUAGUACAAGGUCUUAUACCUUCUGCAACCUUUGCUGAUGAACGAGGGAGGUUGAACGAUGAGCUCAUUCAUAAGUACUUGUAUGAAGUGGAACAUACUCUAUACUCUGCUGUCUUGGACUUUCAAAGUAACCAAAUACAUGGCUUCUGUGACCAAGUGCCAUACAUCUGUAGCUACUUUAUCCCUGAAGAAGGCCAUAGCGGUGUUCAAAUUCUUAAACCAUACAAAAAAGUGCAAAGCAGACAGUAUGGACAUGGAACGCUCUAUCUAUCUUCACAUGGAUUAUGGCUCGCUUCAAUAGCUAAAUGUGGAAUUCUGUGCAUCCGAGAUGUUUUUACUUUGGAAACAUUUGCUCGGUGUCGGAGUAAUUCUCACCAGGGACAUGGGAUUCAGUCAGUAAGAAUUUCAAUGGAUGGACGAAACAUUCUGGUGAAUGGGAGAGAUGACGGCACCCUUGUCUACCUAAAAUGGAAGCAUUUUGAAGGACCAUUAGCUUGUGGCAUUCUUGAACAUUGCGGGAGACUAUUACUUUAUUUGGGCAAUAUCAUGGAGGAGGAGAAUGAUCAUUUACGUACACCAUCAAAGGUUUCCUUAGAUGUGGGACCCGAAUGUGAAGACACAGUACAUCGAAGUAAGAAGCCUAGCAUUGACUCAUCACAAGAGGAAUUAGUAUCAACUGAUGAUAUGAAGGAAAUCUCCUGGAUACAACAAAAAAGCCAAGAGGCUAUCAAAAAGGAAGUUAAUCUGUUUUCCAAGAAAAGGAAAGAGAUAAAAAGUGGAAUUAAAGCUCUUGCUGCAACCGUUCUGAAUAUGAUGGAAGAAAAUGAAAAAGCAGAUAAUAUUGCAAAAUUAGACCAAGAGGAAUUUGGCCUGGAUCUUGAGGAAUUGGAAAGGCUUCAUGAAGAAAGUGAGGAAGAAGUAGCAAAGAUGAAGAAGGACAUAGAGAUGCAUAACCUGGCCAAGGGCUAUUUGGCUGAACUUAUCAAAGAAGAGUGCUGGAAAUCCAUGGCUGUGAAAGGCAGAGCUCUGAAGUGCUUCCAUAUCCCCUAUGUGGUUGAGAACUUUCCAAUGAAACUGCGCACAGAUGAAGAGCAAAAAGAAUUGGAGAGGGUUUUGCAGCAAAAGAAGAUUGAAGCAGAAUGUCUGAAAGUACGAAAGGAAAUUAUAGAGGUUCAGUCUGCAGUUAACUUGAUUAAAAAGCAUCACGAAGAGGAAGAUGAAGAAGAGGAGGAAAACAAGACAGAGAAAAAAACCAACUUGCCCAAUUACCUUCUUGGGAGUCUGAGCGCUGAUUUUGGGGUAGACACCUCAUUGUUGUCAAGCCAAUUACAACUUCAUACCAGAGAGGAAAAGAUUAACCAAAUUAUAUUACUAAAGGAUAUCAUUUACAAGGUCAAAACUGUUUUCAAUCGUGAGUUUGAUCUUGCAUAUAAACAAAAAGAGUUUGAAAUUGCCCGCGUGAAGGAAAGAAAUGUUAGAAUUCAAGAAAUUAUUUUAGAUCUGGAGUUGGAAGAAAACGUCUGGCAGCCAGAAUUUGAGGACUCUGAGAAGCCAGAGAGAACUCUUGUUGUGGAAGAUGAGGAGAUUAGAGUUCACAAACAUGUUAAUCCCUGGCUAAGAGCCAAAGUGCAGUUGCGGGCGACCCGUGAAAUGGAGCUCCGGCUUCAGGCUCAGAGCACCGACACAAGGCACCGAGCCCUGAAGGACAUGAUGGGAGGUGUUCUGGAAGUGAAGAGGGAAGACAUUUUAAGAAUGACAAUUCCUCAGCCUCCUUUCAUGGCAAAACCUGAUGCUAUGUGGACUGAAGAGGAAAAGAAACAAUUCAAAGAUUAUGAGAAAAAAGUCAAGGAGUUAAAUGAAGAAAGAGAGAAGUAUAGAAAGUCUUUAGAAGCAGAGAUGAAGAAACUUCAAAACUCUAUUCACGAAAGCACACAGAAUUUUGAUGAACUUUUGAAAAGACUCUUUGAAAGGAGAGUAAUGGCAGAGAUGGUUGUCAACCAGGAGGAAUUGAAAAUAAAUAAUCUUGUUUUUUCUUUACUGUUGGAUGAAGAAUUAUGCUCUAGAGAAUUAUUCCUGAACAACUACCUUGCAAGGAAGCAGGUAGAGAAAUGCCAGACUUCAGAAGCCAUCCAGAAAGCUAAAGAGAACCUCGAUUUGUACAAGGAACACUAUGACAACUUACUGGCCGAAGACAAAGUUCUGGAUCGAAGCUUUAAAAAGGAAUUUUCUGAUAUUCACAGUCACCAAGUUGAAAUACUUUACAAACUCUUUAAACGUAGACCAAGGAUUCACAAGCAGAAAACACACUCAGAAACGAUCAUUAUUGUCCCUUUUGGAGAACGACCAGGACCUGGCAAGUCAAAUAAGGACAACUCUGCCCAGUUAAUGAAAGCCAUGGAUGAGUUGGACAGUGUUAGUAACAUGCCAGAAGGCUUGGACCUCUCUGUCUGGGAACAUUUCUGCAUAAUCAGACGAACAAAAAUGGAAAAUGAACAGAAAGUAAAGCAGAAAGCAGCUGGCUUAAUGGAAAUGACAUCUUUCCUCCGGAAGAGAGUUGAAGAGGAUGAAAGUGUUCAACAGGAGAUUGAGAAAGUGUACCGUGAACUCAUCCUAUUACAGGAAGAGAAAGUGAGAUUCCAGUUGAAUUUGACAAUCCAAAUUCUUCUUAAACAAGGACAAAUAGAACUGGACAAUUUCCAGUUAAUACUGGACUAUCCUGAUGCAAUUCUCAUCAACAAGACCAUAAUUGAAGACCUGAAUUCUGUGAUUCGGACUCAAGGACAAAAGAAGGUUGCUAGCAUGAUGGAAAGUAAAGAAGUACACAAAGGAAUAUUUCAGAUUGAAUGGGAGCAUAAGAAAAUGGAGAUGGAAAUGGAAGAUCUAAAUCAAAAGGCUUGGGAUAUUCAGAUGUUGUUUUUCUCAAGAGAUCGUCAAAAGUACCUAAAUGAACCCAACUAUGACAGUCUGAUUAAUCUUCAAAUUGGAAUAAUGGAGCAAACCAUUGCUGUUUUAGAUAAGACCCACAAAAAGAAUGUGGAAAACUGCAAAAAAAUACUCAAAAAACUGGGAAAGUUCAGCAAUCAAAAAGAUGUAGCAAAUUAUACUCUAAGCUGCAAUCUACGAGAAGAAUUGGUAUCUAUAUCAGAGAGAAAAGACAUCUGUAAUGCAAUGGGGUCUCGUUUGACUUGUGAAAAGAUUGCCAAAGAACGAUAUGAAAACAUGAUGCAACAACAGAAGUUAAUGCAUAUUUCAAAACAACAAGCUGAACAGAUUUCAAUACUACAGGCUGAAGUAGAAAGAUUAAGGAUGAAAACAUUUCCUGCUCUUGCUCAGAUGUAAUAACGCUUCCAGAAAAAUA